GAUUUUAAACAAACAACAAAAAAUAACACUUCUGCCAAUCUUAUAUACACUCUCUCCCUCCAUAUCUGUCUCUCUCUCUUCCUAUGAAUAUGUACUUCGUUUCCAUGUGUCUCUGAUCCUCAUUUCAUCUGUCUCUCUGUCCUUUUGUCUAUCUCUUGAUUUACCUACGACGACGACGACGUAGAAGCUCAACACCCCCAUUUUCGACGACGACAUUUUUCAGGAACGAACAACAACACCCAUAUAUCAAUCCAGAUUAUACAGCCACAAAGUAGGUGUAUAUAAGAUCCCUGUGAUAUUCUAAGGAGUUUUGGAAUCUGGAUCGCCACCGUGUAGCCAGCAGCCGCAGGAAGAAGCUCAGAUGCAGCUAUUUCUUAAAGGUCCAUCAAGUACUAGUUGAUGUAUGUCACUUACUCAUGCAUCUGUAAAAUAGGAAACGGAGGAUCUUUACUACAGUUUGGGUCUGGAGCAUGUAACAAAAGCUCCAGACAUUAUUAUCUCAACGGCAAACAUCUAUGAUUUUUUUUCUUUAGCAAAUAAAUAGCUUUGCAGCUGAUAGCUCAUAGAGAACGAGGAGUAUUGCCUAUGCCUAGUAAAGAAACACCACAUACCCACCUGUUAAAAACAUCUUUCUUUGCCCUUUGAAGAUUUUCAUUUUUCAAAGAGGUAGAAGCUAGAAACUGUACAUUGUAGAAAAGAAGAAGAUGGCAUUAGCUCCAACUGUAAAAGUAGUUUUGGGCUCAAUUGCCUUUGGGAUCUUUUGGAUGUUGGCUGUAUUCCCGGCAGUCCCUUUCCUACCUAUUGGAAGGACAGCUGGUUCGCUACUAGGUGCCAUGCUUAUGGUCUUGUUCAGAGUUAUUACUCCAGAGCAAGCAUACUCUGCAAUAGACCUACCAAUCCUCGGUCUUCUCUUUGGCACUAUGGUUGUGAGCAUAUACCUUGAAAGAGCUGAUAUGUUUAAGUACUUGGGUAAACUGCUUUCUUGGAAAAGCCUUGGUCCAAAAGAUUUACUCUGCCGAGUCUGUUUCGUUUCCGCCAUUUCAAGUGCUUUAUUCACAAAUGAUACUUGUUGUGUUGUUCUCACUGAAUUCGUACUGAAGAUUGCUAAGCAGAAUAAUCUUCCACCACGCCCUUUCUUACUAGCUUUGGCAUCUAGUGCAAACAUUGGGUCUUCUGCAACUCCAAUUGGUAACCCGCAGAAUUUAGUAAUAGCUUUCCAGGGUAAGAUCACCUUUGAAGGCUUCGUAUUUGGGAUAUUUCCUGCAAUGAUUGUGGGAGUAGUUGUGAAUACCAUCAUUCUCCUGGGCAUGUUUUGGAGGGUAUUAUCUGUUCAGAAGGACGAAGAAGAUGUUGUUGCGGCUCAAGAAAUAGAAGUUGCCGAGGCAGAUGUGAGUUCCCAUCGCUUCUCACCUGCCACAAUGUCACAUUCUCAAGAAAUAGAAGGGGAAGGGAUAAUUAGCAGAUCAUCAAGAUCGAGCAGUUUAGGGGAGUUUCAGCAUAUGGAGAUUCGAAACAGAAUAGUUUCGAGCCCUGAAGUCGAUUCACUCCAGAGAGUCUCACUUGAUGUAGGAAGUGAGUCUGCAAGGAUACCUAAUGGGUCUAAAGAGAAUGGAACUCACACUUCCCCUCAAUUGGAAAAUAUGACACCAUCCAGGGGAAGGAGGGUUACGCUAAAUGGGAUGAGCAGCAGUAACCUUGCUUUAAGUGAUUCAAAAGACGUAUCGGUCUCUAUUCAAUCUUCAGAUGGAAAGGAGGGUCUUAUUAAGAGAUGGAAGAGGUUGAUAUGGAAAACAUCUGUUUACCUCGUCACAAUAGGAAUGCUAAUUGCACUACUGUUGGGUCUGAACAUGUCAUGGACUGCCCUAACUGCUUCCCUUGCUCUAGUGGUUCUUGAUUUCAAAGAUGCCGGACCAAGUCUCGAGAAGGUUUCCUAUUCUCUCCUGAUGUUUUUCUGCGGUAUGUUUAUUACCGUUGAUGGCUUCAACAAAACGGGAAUACCAAGUGCCAUUUGGGAUUUUAUGGAACCUCACGCACGUAUCGACCAUCCUAGUGGAAUCGCAGUGCUCGCUGUCGUCAUACUUGUGCUCUCCAAUCUCGCUUCAAAUGUACCUACUGUUUUGUUGCUUGGAGCACGAGUUGCAGCAUCAGCAGCGGAAAGCUCUCCAUCAAACGAAAAGAAAGCAUGGCUGAUAUUGGCAUGGGUGAGUACUGUUGCUGGGAACUUAUCAUUGUUAGGAUCAGCUGCAAAUUUGAUAGUGUGUGAGCAAGCUCGUCGAGCUCAAUUAUUAGGCUACAAUCUUUCCUUUUGGAGUCAUCUGAAGUUUGGACUUCCCUCGACUCUAAUUGUCACUGCAAUCGGUUUGUUGCUUAUAAAAGGUUGAUACUUGAAUCAGUUUGAAGCCUUCCUAUUCAUUUUUUUUUAUGUAUAUACAUGUAAAAUUGUUACAAGGUAAGUUGACAAAAGAAACCAUUAAGUUCAAUCAGUUAAAAGAGAAAAGUGAAUCAAGUUUACAGUGUAUA